UAGGAAUCGUUGACAAGAAAAAAAGGGGGCCCUUCCUCCGGGUUUCCAGGGAACACUCGGGAUGUGGCCCAGCCUUGAAUCAUCUGGGCGCUCUCAAUGUCACUAACUGACUAUCACCGGGUGUGGCUACCGUACAUACUCCGUGUCGCUCGGUACUUUGAUAUGGAUACUGGGUAAAGAGACAUAUACCAUCAUCGCCAAUGAUUGGAGGGGGAAAGGCGGGAAGGCGGCUUGGUCUGAUGCUCUUCUCAUCCAUGAUCCCCGGUUCAUCCCAGCUUCCACCUCAACUUGACGUUCAGGCGAGCGGGGAGUGGGCACAUCGGCGUGGUAGGCAUGUCCCUUCACCUCUUUUACUUUGCCUCAUCCUCGCAUUUCUUGGGAACGCAGCGGCGGGAGCGCUGAGAACGAACGAAACGGGGGCAGAGCCAGCCGAGGAAGAGAGCCAUAGAAAACGCACAACGUUAGUCGGCGCUUGUCACUGCGGUUGCCGCACCGCACUUGGGUUGCUGGGGAUUGUGUCAUCCUUGCUUUGAUGUGCAGUCGUCGUAAGCUCGAGUGGAGACCGUCAUCUGAAUGGGGGUUCAAUGGGCUGGCGAAGUGCGCGUGUGUGGC